AUUUUACAUAACACUUUAACACUUCAAAUUGUUUUUAAUGUGCGUAUUCAAAAUAGAUGUAUUUAUUUGUUUUUAUUUUCUUCUUCAGAAUGAGGCCGAUAGAACACUGAUCUAUGUCACUCUCUACAUCUCUGAAUGUCUGAAGAAACUACAGAAGUGCAGCUCCAGGGGCCAGGGUGAAAAGGAGAUGUACACCUUGGGCAUUACUAACUUUCCUAUUCCCGGAGAGCCUGGUUUCCCUCUCAAUGCAAUGUAUGCAAAACCCGCAAACAAGCAGGAGGACGAGACCAUGCGGGCAUACCUUCAGCAGAUCCGACAGGAGACUGGCCUGAGGCUAUGUGACCGUGUUUUUGAUCCUCAGACAGACAAACCCAGCAAGUGGUGGGUGUGCUUUGUCAAAAAACAGUUUAUGAACAAAAGUUUAUCAGCUCCUGGUCAGUAAGUCACCGGGGCAGUUUUUUUUUUCUACUCCACACCUGGAAAACGAAUGGAUUACAAUAUGGGGGUUGGGGUCUGUUGUUUUCUCAGAUUUUAUACUAAUAAGUUCAAAGAAAUGUCUCUUAAAGGUUGUUAUUCAUAUUGAGCUGGUACUUAAUGCAAUAAAAUUAUGGAUCUUGGUGAAUUUGAAA